GAUGUGAAUACUAUUUGUUGAUUACUACUGAAAUAAUACAGUUUAGGACUACUGAGUGUUUCUAGUUAAAAGGAAAGGAUAACAUUGCCACGGAUGUCAACACUUUCAGUUGCCAAAUCUGAGUUAGAUUAGAACCUACAAACUGAGUUCUGAGUAACAGGAGCACUGAGUGUUAUGAGGUUUAAAAUAGAUGUCAUAUGAUACCAAUUAUAACUCAGUGAAAUUUUGCAGUCCUAAGGACCUAUGAAGAGCAUAAACCAAAAUGGAAGAUGGUCCUGUUUUCUAUGGCUUCAAAAACAUUUUUAUUACUAUGUUUGCUACCUUUUUUUUCUUCAAGCUUUUAAUCAAAGUUUUUUUGGCUCUCCUUACCCAUUUUUAUAUCGUCAAAGGAAAUAGAAAGGAAGCAGCUAGGAUAGCAGAAGAGAUCUAUGGUGGAAUUUCAGACUGCUGGGCUGAUCGCUCCCCACUUCAUGAAGCUGCGGCCCAGGGACGUUUACUGGCCCUGAGAACUUUAAUUUCACGAGGUGCCAAUGUGAACCUUCUGACACUUAACCAUGUCUCUUCACUCCAUGAGGCUUGCCUUGGAGGUCACGUGGCCUGUGCUAGAGCCUUGCUUGAAAAUGGCGCACAGGUCAAUGGCGUGACAAUCCAUGGAGCUACACCUCUUUAUAAUGCUUGCUGCAGUGGCAGUGCUGCGUGUGUCAGCCUGUUGCUGGAGCAUGGCGCCAAGGCCCAGCUCGACAUGCAUCUGUGUUCACCCAUCCAUGAGGCAGUGAAGAGAGGUCACAUUGAGUGCAUGGAGAUUCUGCUGGCGAAUAAUGUCAACAUUGACCAAGAGUUGCCUCAGCUUGGAACUCCUCUGUAUGUGGCCUGUACCUACGAGAGGAAAGAUUGUCUGAAGAAGCUUCUGGAAUUAGGAGCCAAUCCUGAUCAGGGCCAAUGGCUGAACACCCCGCUCCAUGCCGCAGCCAAGCAGUCCAACUUGGAGAUCAUCCACAUGCUGGUUGACUAUGGAGCUAACCUGAGACUCAGAAACGCACAUGGCAAAGUUCCACUUGAUUUGGCAGCUCCCAAAAGCAGCGUGGAGCAGGCACUUAUUCUCUGUGAAGGCCCACCCACUCUUGCUCAGCUCUGCCGCCUCCGCAUCCGGAAGUGCUUGGGCCGAUCCUAUCGUCAAACCGUCAGCCAGCUGCACCUGCCAGAGCCCCUGGAAAGAUUCCUGCUGUACCAAUAGGAGCAAUUGUCUGCAGGAAGAUACUUGGAAGUAACUAGGUUGUUUUCUGCACCUCGGGUAUUUAGUAUAGACAUUCAACAGCUAGCCUUUCCGCAUCUUCUAAUGAGUUCAGCCCAUUAGAGUAAUUCCCCAGCACACUGAAACAUUUGAGACAGGCAAACUCCUAAUUAGCUUAGUGUUCUCAUUAACCAAAGGGCAACUAGAAACCUUUUAAUUAUUAACUAUUCUAAAUAAUAAUUCUUCUUAAAACUAUGAAGUAGCGCUCUUUUCUGAUGAAUUAGACUCCUCUAGUACCUAGGAGACAACAUUUCUGAUUAUUAGGUCUAAUGCCCAAGAUUAUAAUGCAUAUAAAGUAUUCCAAGGUGUGCCAUUGAUUUACUUCUCUUCUACAGCUCUUUGUAUUCCUUGAAUAAAUCUCUGCUAUGAUA